GGCUAUCGAUUAAAAUACAUAAGCGAUUAUUUGGAAAAAUCUAAUUUUAAUUUACAUUAACCACAUUACAUUACAUUACGUUACAUUAAAUUAAAUAUCCAGUGUUUAAAUCUUAAAACAUAGGUGUAGUCUAAACUUGACUAAAGAUCGUGGAAAGUUAAUAACCCAUUACAAUAGCAAUUUCUAGUGCACCAGCCUUGGUCACACUGCCUGGCACGAUUUGCGAAUCGCGAGGUAUUUAUUUUGAAAAUAAAAGUAAGGAAUGGAAACGAUGAAAGCGAAGAUGAGCACUACUGACAAGGCGGAGGACCCUACCACCACCACUUGCUCCUACUGGGUACCACGCAAAAAGCGCCGCUGCAAGAUGAGCGCAAACAAGGGCAGUCAGUUUUGUGGAGCCCAUGCCCCAACGACAGCCAGCACUUCAACUUCGGAUGAAAAAUCUGGAGAGGAUUCCUUCCAGGAACGUAUUCCCUGCCCGCUUGAUCACAAACAUACCGUGUUUAAAAGAAAACUGGCCAAACACUUGACCAUUUGCAAUGCCAGGGAUCAAGAAAGUUCACUGCCCUACAUUGUGAAAGGAGUCAAUUCUGGAGAACUAAAGGAAACGGACGAGGAGUUCGACAAAUUCAGUCAAAUAAAAAUGCACGAGCUUGCGGAUGAGGAGUUCUACAGUUUGAUCAACAAAGUUAAAGAGCUGUAUGACAAACACAUCAAUUCCAGCAUAGAGGAACUGCAGCUGGAGCACGAAUCCCUAAAGGAGGAACUUAAUCGCAAGGACUACGGCCAGGAAACGCUACGCCAGCUUACCCAAGCCUCUAGCUUGCUGGGCAUCCUGGAAAACGAUCACCAGCUGACGGAUCACACAAGCUACGUGGAAUUCGGAGCCGGAAAGGGGCAAUUGGCCUACUACUUGGCCACCGCAUUGCAGGAUCAGCAGUUAAGUCACUCACAGGUGGUCCUCAUCGAUCGAAUGUCCCUGCGGCACAAAAAGGAUAACAAGUUGGCCAACAAGGAGGUAGUGCAACGUAUCCGUGCUGAUAUCGCUGAUCUAAGGCUUUCUGCUUUGCCUGAGCUAAAGAAAACCCAACGAACGGUGGCUCUUUCAAAGCACCUCUGUGGAGCAGCUACGGAUUUGACACUGAGAUGUCUGCUUGGUGAUGAGAAUGCCACUUCGGACUACGUGCUCAUUGCCCUGUGUUGCCAUCAUCGCUGCUCCUGGCGCUCUUAUGUGGGACGCAAGUUUCUACUGGAAGCUGGAAUUGGACCACGGGAGUUCGCUAUCCUAACCAAAAUGGUCAGUUGGGCGGUUUGUGGCACGGGCUUAAGCCGCGAGCGGCGCAAGGCCAUGGAAACGGCUGACUUUCAGCCCACCGAGACGAGCACGCAGCGGCUAACUCGCCAAGAGCGCGAACAAAUUGGUCAACAGUGCAAGCGAGUUCUGGAUUAUGGACGACUGGAGCACCUACGAUCACACGGAUACCAAGCAGAGCUCAAGUUUUAUGUUCCCAGAGAUGUGACUUUGGAGAAUGUGGUUCUGCUGGCCAGACCAACCAGCUCUAAGCUCGAGUGCCAAAAUAAAUGCAGUUGAUUUUA